CCCAAUUCUUUGAUUUUUCAUUGCCACCAAUUGCACACUUUAACCGUCCCCGUUACAAACACUACCAGUGCAGUUUAUCAUUAACGGUCACUAACCAUUUGAAUCUUAACUUUAGAUACUUCUACAUAACUUUCUAUAUACGCACGUGAUAACCAUACUCAAAUAACUAAUAAAAAAAAGACCAUCGACAAUUAUGGAAGACCCGGUUGUAUAUGAUGCUAGUGUAUCGGCAUUUAAUAAGAUCAAUAAGGCUAACCCAAGUCAAAGUCAAAGUCAAAGCGAAGAUAACACCGAUGUAUAUUUAAAAUUAAAAAAAUUGGAGAAGGAAUUGGAUUUGUUAUUAUUACAAGAAGAUUAUAUUAAAGAUGAACAACGUCAUUUAAAGCGAGAAUUAGUAAGAGCACAAGAAGAAGUAAAACGAAUUAAAUCUGUACCAUUAGUUAUUGGACAAUUUCUUGAACCAAUUGAUGAAAAUACUGGAAUUGUAUCAUCGACUACUGGAUCUAAUUAUGUAGUAAGAAUAUUAUCUACAUUAGAUCGAGAAUUAUUAAAACCUUCAUCAUCUGUUGCAUUACAUCGUCAUUCCAAUGCUUUGGUAGAUAUAUUACCUCCUGAAGCUGAUUCAUCUAUUUCAAUUGUAGGUGAUGAUCAAAAACCUGAUGUUACAUAUGCUGAUGUUGGAGGAUUAGAUAUGCAAAAACAAGAAAUAAGAGAAGCUGUUGAAUUACCCUUAACUCAAGGAGAUUUAUAUUCUCAAAUUGGUAUUGAUCCUCCAAGAGGAGUAUUAUUAUAUGGACCACCUGGUACCGGGAAAACAAUGUUAGUUAAAGCUGUUGCUAAUUCUACUACUGCUUCAUUUAUUAGAAUAAAUGGUUCAGAAUUUGUACAAAAAUAUCUUGGUGAAGGUCCAAGAAUGGUAAGAGAUGUAUUCAGAUUAGCAAGAGAAAAUUCUCCUGCAAUUAUUUUUAUUGAUGAAAUUGAUGCUAUUGCAACAAAGAGAUUUGAUGCUCAAACUGGUGCUGAUAGAGAAGUUCAAAGAAUUUUAUUAGAAUUAUUAAAUCAAAUGGAUGGUUUUGAUCAAACUUCAACAGUUAAAGUUAUAAUGGCAACUAAUAGAGCUGAUACUUUAGAUCCAGCAUUAUUAAGACCUGGUAGAUUAGAUAGAAAAAUUGAAUUUCCUUCAUUAAAGGAUAGAAGAGAAAGAAGAUUAAUUUUUUCUACCAUUGCAUCUAAAAUGUCAUUAGCUCCAGAAGUUGAUUUAGAUUCAUUAAUUUUAAGAAAUGAUCCAUUAUCUGGAGCUGUAAUUGCUGCUAUUAUGCAAGAAGCAGGUUUAAGAGCAGUUAGAAAAAAUAGAUAUAUGAUCUUACAAGUUGAUUUAGAAGAAGCAUAUACUGCUCAAGUUAAAACUGGUAGUGAACAUGAUAAAUUUGAUUUCUAUAAAUAAGUCUUAUAUGUACAU